UUCUAUAAAAUUACUGUCUAUACUGUAAUGUACGUUUCCUUUCUCUGAGCAGAGACAACCAGAGUGAUCUGCAGUAUGUGAAGGACUACAGACCUCAGACUGACGGCCAGCUGCUCAGGAUUCUCCUUCAUGGUCCGGUUGGAGCUGGAAAAUCCAGUUUCAUCAACUCUGUCCAAAGUGUCUUACACGGCCAAAUGUACACACAUGCUUUUGCAGACACCACCUUUAAAGGCUGUUUCACCAAAAAGUACACAACCUACAAGAUCAAAAAAGGCGCAGAGACCUUUUACCCUUUUGUCUUCAAUGACAUCAUGGGCCUGAGUCCAAGCAUUGGGGUCCAAGUAAAAGAUGUCAUUCUGGCUAUGAAAGGAAAGGUGAAGGAAGAUUACACGUUCAAUCCUGAUUCUAGGUUGUCAAAGGAUAAUCAAUUCUACAACAACAAUCCAGCUAACAACGACAAAGUGAACGUUCUGGUUUGUGUCAUUGAUGCCAACACGUUACCUAUGAUGAAAGAGGAAGUUGUGAAUAAGAUUUGCGAGAUAAGGAAGGAAGCCACUUACUUGGGGAUUCCUCAAGUGGCCAUUCUCACCAAGAUUGAUGAGGUCUGUCCUGAAAUCAAAGACGAUUUACAGAAUGUCUACAAGAUUACGCACCUGAAGGAAAAGAUGGAGAAGUUCAGUGUCGAAGUGGGAAUUCCCAUGAACUGCAUCUUCCCUUUGAAGAACUACGAUUCAGAAAUCAACCUCAACAAUGACGUUGACUCACUGAUCCUGAGCGCCAUGAAACACAUCAUCAACUUGGGCGAUGAUUGCAUCAACUUCAUCAAGAGCAUGGGAGCAGAACACUCCAGAUUUGGAGCAGCCCUAGCUCCUCCAAUUCUCAGCAAACCAUGGAGAGAAAUAAACUGGAGAAACAACGAGAAUUCCCUGCAGUCUGUGAAGGACUACAGACCUCAGACUGACGGCCAGCUGCUCAGGAUUCUCCUUCAUGGUCCGGUUGGAGCUGGAAAGUCCAGUUUCAUCAACUCUGUCCAAAGUAUCUUACAUGGCCGUAUGUACACACACGCUUUGGUGGACAACACCUCUCAAGACUGUUUCACCAAAAGGUACACAACCUACAAGAUCAGAAAAGGAAGAGCAGAUACCUUUUACCCUUUUGUCUUCAAUGACAUCAUGGGCCUGGAUCCAAUCAAAGGUGUCCCUGUGAAUGAUGUCAAACUGGCUCUGAUGGGACACGUGAAGGAAGAUUACAGGUUCAAUCCUGAUUCAACGUUGUCAGACGAUGAUCAAUUCUACAACGAACAUCCAACUAACAACGAUAAAGUGCACGUUCUGGUUUGUGUAAUUGAUGCCAACACAGUACCUCAAAUGAGUGAAAAAACUGUGGAGAAGAUUCGUGACAUCAGGAUUGAAGCCAGAAAACUGAGGAUUCCUCAAGUGGCCAUUCUCACCAAGAUUGAUAUGGUCUGUCCUGAAAUCAAAGAAGAUUUACAGAAUGUCUACAAGAUGAAGUACGUGAAGGAAAAGAUGGAGGAGUUCAGUGCCAAAGUGGGAAUUCCCAUGAACUGCAUCUUCCCUGUGAAGAACUACGAUGAAGAAAUCGACCUCAACAGUGACGUUGACUCACUGAUCCUGAGCUCAAUGAAUCACAUCAUCAACUUCGGAGACGACUGCAUCAACUUCAACAAGGAUCAGUCUGAAGGAUGAGACUGACUAGGUUUGAUCAGAGCAUAAAAAGGCUGUAUUCCAUGAUGUCAAAAAAACUACCUGAGACACUUUCCAGCAGGAUUUCCAACAAUCUUUUUGCUUACUGCACCAUUUGUGUUUUACUUUAAAGCACAUGUGUCAAACUCAACUUCUCUGAAAACCAC